AUGGCUUCACCCUCGUCACAAGCAGUUGCGAAACGGUCGUCCGAUACUCAGCUUAUGCCGCCUCCUCCACCUGCCAAACGAAUAAAACGACCGCCUGUAGCCCUGGACGAAGAUGAUUAUACUGAUGCCCUCUCCCAUAUUGUCGCCCGAGACUUCUUCCCUGGGCUGCUCGAAACCCAAGCUCAGCAAGAUUACCUCGAUGCCCUUGAGUCCAAGGAUAAAGAAUGGAUUGCCACAGCAGGAAGGAAGAUGGCGCAGUUAAUGACGCCAGGCUCGCAGAGAAGAUAUGCCGGGACAUCCAUGACACCGCAGCGCGGAAGGGCUCCUAGCGUGUCGAAUAUGGAUACUCCCCACAGGACUCCUGCCAUAGACAAGAAUACGCCGAGAGGCUGGAAAGGAGAUACCCCGAUGUCGUGUGCGACUCCCGGUAGCAUGGCUUCGAUUGCAACAAGCUCAGCCGGCCACGGGAUCUCAUCCAAGAUUCGAAAUAUGGGGCUAGGGGCCUUUCAACAAAAAUAUACCAGCGAAGAUAAUGAAUCUUUCAACAAACUACUAGAUAAACAGAAUGAAAAGAAGAGAGAGAAAUACGCAUGGCUAUGGAGCGGGAAUAAGAUACCCUCUGCUAGGGAGCUAGUGCAUAAAAAGCGAGAAGCUAAAAGACUGGAAGCGCAGGCCGCGCCAGACGGAAGCAAGGAGAAACAACUUAUGAAAUUAUCGGACAACAAGUCUACGGCAGAUGACCGACCAGCGAGACCAGAUGGAUGGAAAUCGAAACCCGAGAACUCCUUGAUGUUCAUCCCUUCAUCGGUAGAAGACGACAUGGAAACAGUUCAGCAGAAACAAGAGUCUACCUCUCGAAUGGGGGAGAAACAAGUCCUCUAUCACAACACCCGCCUCAGGCCGCAUGUUGAAAAUAGUGAUGGGGAACAAUACUCGACUGUUCCGCCUUCACCUUCCUUAUCUGCAGUCCGUGACGCAAUAGCUGGAAGGCCUCGACUAACCGACUCGGAGCCGGGGUAUACUGGCGGUGAAACUCCUCGUGUCAACGGAUACGCGUUUGUUGACGAAGAUGAACCUGACCCUCAGCCACACUCGGCGCCACAAGUUGACGAGAAUGAAGAGGCAUAUCAUCUCAAGCUCCUUGAGAGCCAAGUGUCUGACUCGACGCCAAACCCGUUCAAGCUCAAAGAAAGUGGCAAGCGAGAACUGCUGCUUCAUCGUAUGGUAGAUCGUGUGGCGAAGAAUAAUAGAAGAGAGAAGGCAAUCAAAGAGACGAAGACCCCUGUUCCAAUGUUCCCAAGCAGCCCCAUGAUCGCCUUUGGUAAAUCGGGCGACAGAUCGUCGAUUUCUAAAACUCCAGCGAUGAGCCGAGCGGCCCUUACCCCUGCUGCCCAGAGGCUCUGGGCUCAGAGCUGUGAUGUCAAGUUCAACGAGUGGGAAGAAUAUGUGGACACCAACCCCUAG